CCAGCGCUCGCCCUGCCUUAACGAGGCAGGAAGGAAACGUCCCAACAGCCGGUCCGCUCGGCGGCCGCCUCUCCGCUUCCAGCCGGAUCCGCUUCCAGCCUUUGGCGCGGCGCCACCCGACCUCGCAUCGCCUCCCCCCGGCUUCCCGCUAGAGCCGCCGCCCGGGCACCGCGGAUCUGUCGCCCGGAAAGCUCCGGUUCUCGCCUGUCCGCGCCGCCCGCGCGGCUCCCGCAGCCUCCCGGCUUCCCCGAGAUGCGCCUGGACGGCUAGCGGCGGGCGAGGGGCUCCUUCACGGGAAGCGCCGCCCGAGAGCCCUUCCCGGAGCCGCGGCGGGUCCGGAUGCUGAACCGCUCCCUCCGCUCCCUCCUGCUGCCGGGCGACGGCGAGGGCCAGCCGGCGGUGACGCUCCGAGCCGUCCGCAGCCGCAGCCCCGAUGCCCAGCAGCGGCGCCAGCCGGACGACGAGCCGGGCCCGCUGACCUCGUGGGAGGAGGCGGAGGAGGGCGCCGUCUACACCGUCAGCGCGCGGGGGCCGGAGGGGUCCCGCGGAGGCGCCGGCCGCGGGGUCGCGGGGACUGCCGGCGGAGCGGAGCCGUCCGAGGGCAGCGCAGGAUCCCCCUUUCCCGCCGCCGCCGUUGUGCAGUCCCGGGCGCUGAAGGCCGGCUCGCUGCCCCGCCUGGUGCGGCACCUGCUGGAGGCUCCGUCCCUCGGGGACGCGGGCUACCGGCCGGCCUUCCUGGCCACCUACCGCGGCUUCGCCCAGCCGACCGUCGUUCUGGGGCUCCUCCUGGAGAGGCUCCAGGCAGUGACCGGAUCCAAUGCUCGCAGCCCCCAAAAGACGGAGGACCUGCAGCGAGCCCUCGCCUCGCUGCUCUGCUCCUGGCUGGACGGCUACCCCCAGGACUUCAUGGGGCUGGAGCCCCGCCUGCGGGAGCAGCUGGUCAGCUGGCUGCACUGGGCCUGGGGAAGCAGCCCGGGGCCCGAGAAGAGCCUGCCGGACACCCCAAGCAGGAGAAGCCCUCCGGCGACUGAGCACGGGCAAGAGGAGGGCCCCGGCCAAGACGUGGACCCCGAUCCCCACUACGUCCUGGGGCUGCAGGCGGAGGAGGUAGCUGCGCACCUCACAGCGCAGGACGGGGACCUCUUCCUGCGCCUGGUGCCCCACGAGUGCCUUGGCUCUGCCUGGUCUCAGCGCGAUAAGAAGGGCCACGAGGGGGACUGCCCCACCGUCCGGGCCACCGUGGCUCAGUUUAACCUUGUGGCCAACGCCGUGAUCUUUACCUGCCUGUGGGACACGGGGCUGCGUGCCACCCAGCGGGCCCGGCUGCUGGAAAAGUGGAUCUGUGUGGCUGAGGAGUGCCUCCUCCUGCGCAACUUCUCCUCGCUGUACGCUGUGGUCUCCGCCCUGCAGUCCACGUCUUUACACCGACUGAAGCGGACCUGGGAGGAGACGUCUAGGGAAUCAGCCCGUUGCUACGAGGAGCUCAGCGCCAUUUGCUCAGAGCAAGAUAACUACAGCCAAAGCCGGCAGCUCCUCUUCCAGGAAGCAGGGCCUGGAGCAGCAGCAGGAGGGGCCGAGCUCCCUCAUCGCAAGCAUCAGCGGAGGCUACUGGAACAACGGCCAUUGGGCGUGAUCCCCUACCUGGGCACCUUCCUGAAGGACCUGGUGAUGCUGGAUGUGGCCACUCCCACCCGCCUGCAGAACAGCGGCUACAUCAACUUUGAGAAGCACCGGAAGGAGUUUGACAUCCUCACCCGGCUACGCCUCCUGCAGGCCAAGUGCCGUAACUACACCUUGGUCCCUGACGGGGCCCUCCAGCGAUGGCUGCGGUGCCUGCCUGCCCUCAGCGAGGCCCAGAGCUACCAGCUCUCCUGCGCCAUUGAGGCCCCCAGCGAGGGAGGGGCUGCCCCCAAGGCCAGCAAGCCCACCUUGGUGAUCACACGCUGCACAGACCUGAUCACUUCGCUGGGAGUAAGUGCCCCACUGCCCUGGGACAGAAGUGGCUCCCCACAGGUCUCACCCAACCUCCUGGGCCCGUCAGCUGCCUCCCCUACCGCCCUGGGGGGCCCCCAACCAGUCCAGGGCAAGUGGCCCUCCGUCUCGGCCUUGGACACGUCACCCCCGUCAUCCCCCGCGGAUGGCCUGGCCGCCCUUCCUGCCACGGGGGGCGGCUUCAUCAAGGGCCACCGGCGCUCGGCCUCCUGCGGCUCCGUCUACCCCCAGGCCCCCGACAAGGGAGGCGCCUCCCCCUCGGACUGCUGCAUCAUCCGGGUCAGCAUGGCCCUGCAGAACGGCACCCUCUACAAGAGCAUCCUGGUAACAAGCCAGGAUAAGGCCCCCACCGUGGUGGCAAAGGUGCUGGAGAAACACAACCAGGACCAGAAUCUGGCCCAAGACUACGAGCUGGUGCAGUUGUUGCCGGAUGGCCGAGAGCUGGUCUUCCCCCCCAUGUCAAACGUCUUCUAUGCCAGGAACGGCUUCAGCCUGGACUUCCUGCUCCGGCCCAAGGGCCCCCCGAGCAAGACUCCCCCUCCAACCCCCCCACCCAGGAGCCCCCGAGCCAGGGAGAUGGACAUCUGCGCCACCUUCCCGAAGAUCAAGGCCACCGGCCGAAGGAUCGCCCGGGCCCUUUUCUGAGGGGGACGAGCUGUGAAAGGAGGGGUCACACACGGCUCUGUUGGGGACCCCCCAAGUCAAGACUGGGACCCCCACCCAGGACAUGAAGUGGGGGGGGGAAGGCCUCAGCAGCACCCCAGGCUGUGCAAGAGUCUUGGAAUCUCCGCUGCCCAGAGGACCCAAAGGCAGGAAGGACUAUGGGGCAGCUGUGGGGCUGAGUGGUCAGUCCCGGAAUAGGCUCUCAAGUGGUCUCAGGUGACUGAAGGGCCUUCAUUGUGGCUUCUUUAAGGAGAAGUGUGUGUGUGUGUGUGUGGACACCUGCAUGCCUGUUCAGCAGAGACUUUGCUGAGAUACAAAUAUGGGGGAGGGGGCUGUUUCCCCCCAUCCCCCUUGAUGGCUUCUCUGCCCUGCCAGCAUCUCUGAAACAGCCCAUUGUCUGGUCCUCCUUCCCCCCGAGUGAUGGGAGUUGUGUUCUUUUGUUUGAGGGGGGGUUGAUAAAGGUUGCAGGGGAAGCUGCCGACCAGGAUGGGUCACUGCUGAAGAAUGGGGGAUCUCAGGCUGCCUGGAGAUCCCUACAGCCUCUGGGAUCUUCCUGGAUCUGGUGAUCUUGCCUAAGGGCAAGAGGGAUUUCAGCUGGAGGGUCGCAGCUGUUGCUGUGAUUGUGGGGGGGGGGUCUGGGCGACCGGCAAGCCUGGGGUAGACUAGGUGGCUCUACGGCCUCCCUGAAAAAAAAGUGUGGAAGCCGGGGAGCCCCAGCAGGAGAAGGUCCAGCCGCCGUUGAGCAUCCGUCUUUCCAAAGAUUGCAGAAAAAGCCAGAAAUCCCAUCAGCUAGAGGGGGAAAAAAAUAAUACCCUUUUGCAUAGGAUAACCAGAUUAACUCACGAGUGCUCAAGAUUUGGAAGAAAAAUAAAAUAUGAAAUAAAAUCUUUGGUGUAAGUA